AUGGAGACAGGCGGAGCGAGCGCAGCAGGCGGAGGUGUGCGGGAGCUCAACACCCAGGUGGAGGUGGAGGGGCGGAAGGCGAGUAACGUGGUCGUCAACGUCUACACCGACAAGGUGGUGGUUAUGGUGACACAGAACAACCGACUGGGUACGGUCAUUGAGGCCAAGAAGGAUCUGUGUCUCGACGGCAAGGAGCCGACGUACAGCUUGAAUACCCUGCUUGGCCGGCGUGGAGAGGCUGGCCUCAUCGAUGGCGUCUACGCCCGGGGGCUGAUGGAGCGGUUCGGCAAGCGCGACAACCGGCCCGUGGUCGCCAUGCUUGCUAUUCUUGACGACCAUCCGUCGAUCUUUAGGGCUGUCAUGGCUUGCAUCGAUGCUCAUCUCGGCCUGGCUGCGCCUGCGGGUGCAUCUGCGGGUGCGUCUGCUACGGCGGCCGAGUGA